AACAACAACAACAACAACAACAAGAAGAAGAACAACAACAAUCAUUACCUGCGCCAAUAAAUAAUGAAAAGAAACCUGUAACAUUUUCCUCUUCUCCACCUGUGGUAUCUGCAAAUGACGAUAUUGACACUGCACCUUAUAACGCUUUUGAAUUGAAUUCCCAUAAAGGUGAUGAAACCAAUGAUAAGACUAAAAUGUACGAGAGCCAGGAAGCAACAGCAAGAACUGAUGAAAGUACAUCACCCCUUGAAUUGGUGUCAACACAACAACAUUGUACUGAUGAUUCAACAAAUGAGAAUGAUUACCAGCACACUGACUUGGAUCUUGCAGAAAAAACGAAUGUGGACGGCGUCAACAGCAACGAUGAUGUUUCUUCAGAUGAUAUAUACCAUUUCAAUGAACAUAGAGUCAAAUCACCAGUUUAUGACAGUUUAUCAAGUGAUAUUUUAGCGAAGAAUGAUUUAUUCGACUUGACCGAUAACGACACUGACGACAACUUGGAUCUUUCAUCUAGCAAUUGUUUUGUCUUGGAUAGUCAACCUGAAAGUAGUUAUGUCAUGGGGGACGAAUAUGGAUUUAGCGACAAGAGUCAUUCACCUUCAAGCGAUCAACAGCAAUUAACAACGACAACAAACGAUGAAUCAACAAAAACCAGAUCACCUGUGCUUCCGGAACAUUCUAUUGGUCAUGACGAUAACAGGUCUUCACUUGAUUUGAUGAUUCAUUGUAGCAAUUCACCACCAAAGAUUGGACGAUUACAACAGCGUGAUAUAUCUGAUUUUAUGUCUUCUGAACCGGAACCCGUAUAUCAAGAAUCUGUUGAAAAAAGACGCAAACUUAAAUCACCAAAGAGGGAAUUGGAUCGACAACAUCAACGACAAUUACAUCAAACGGAACUUGAUGUGUUUUAUUCCCAAUUGUCUUCUGGAAGUAGUCUAUCGACAGCCAAAUCAUUCUUCGAUGAUGACGAUGAUACUCAACUGUCCAAUACCAAAUCAUCUCAAACACGACAAAAGGAUGCCAAUACAUUAUCAUCAUUGGAACAGCUACGUGUCGAAAAGCAAUCAAAAAGAUCAACACAAUCACCCAAUGAAAAGCAACAAUGGAUGAGUACUUUAUCGAUGCCGCGAACAAAGUCGUCACUAUCUCCGUGCACUCAACAAAAAGAUAAUAAAUCACAAGAAGUAGAAGAAGAAAAAGGGAUGAAUAGGAUGAAAAGGAACACAAAAAUGGCAACAACAUCUGUGAUGACUGAUCCAUCCAAGCCCAGACAACGCAGUUAUGGUUUGUCAAAGCCAAGGUCAAUAUCUUCAGCGAAAAGAACAACACCAAGUAUAUCAGCAUUAAUAACAGGUCAACAUGGUCCGUCCUUACAACCUUGUGAUGUUAUUGUGAAAACUGGGAAAAUUGGUUCAAGAAAGAAAACGUUAGGAAUGACACGCCGGUUCAACAUUUAUAAAUGAUCUCCUUUUUAUUAGUAUUUAUAUAACACUUUUUAUUUUGAUUAUCUCUAUUUAUGUCUUACAAAAAUGAUUCUUUACAAAUGUUGGUCCUGGGGACAGUUUUGUGUAUAUACUUUUUUUUUAAUAUAUAUUUUUUUGGUCCGAAGGGUUCUUGGUAUGCAACGUGAAAUGUGGGAUUUCUUCUUCAGUAGUUUAAUUUAUGUGAUAUACCCAAUUGACUCUUUGAAAUAAAAGGUCUCUCUCUCUUUUUUUUUUUAUCUUUUUAUUUUAUUAUCAUGACGGAUGAUUCU